AUGGCCGACUUCAAUCAAGAGAAAGCGUAUGCUACCCAGGAGGAUGGGGCUGAUUUCUUCGACGAUGGUCGCGAAAUUGAGCUCCUGCAUUAUGUCUACUCGCGUCCCCAUCUGGAGGACAUCCGCGGGUCUCCGGAAAAGGUUCUUGAAGCCAUUGACGAGUAUGGACGAACGAAAAAGUACUUGAUGAAUGUAGGCGAGAGCAAAGGCCGCAUUGUAUCUGAUCUCAUUGCAGAGGUGAAACCACAAGUGAUGGUUGAACUGGGUGGUUAUAUCGGUUACUCAUGCAUAUUAUUCGGCAACGCAGUUCGCAAAGCAGGCGGAAAGCGCUACUACAGCCUCGAAAUGAACCCGGAGUUUGCGGCAGUCAUCAUGUCAUUGGUCGAUCUAGCUGGCCUUUCAGACAUCGUCAAGGUCAUUGUCGGUGCAAGCGAUGCUUCUAUUGUGCGCUUGGUCUCGGAAGGCCAGCUUCAUCACAUCGAUCUCAUGUUUCUCGAUCACUACAAACCAGCUUACACGACAGACCUGAAGCUCUGUGAGGAACUGAAAUUGAUUACUCCGGGCUCUGUCUUGGCUGCUGAUAAUGUUAUCAAACCUGGCAACCCACCUUACCUUGAGUAUGUUAGGAGGACUGUUGAAGAGAAAAGAGAGAAUCUUGGGGAAGUGGUCAAGAGCCAAGGCAUACCUGGCAAGACCGUUGAUCAGUACAAGAAGAGGUAUGGGGAUAUGCAGUUCAACCAGAGCUCGGGCAAUCCCAAUCUCGUAUACGAGAGCGAGCUGAUCCACAGCUUUGAACCCACUGGGGUGCCGGAUGGUGUUGAAAUCACCCGAUGCACAGGAGAACAUCAAUAG